AUGUCAUCCCAAGCCGCCAUCGCAAAGCUGCACGCUCCGUUGGGCAAGCUCGUCGCCGGGGCCGCCGAGCACGGCAGCCCGGACUACGGCAAGUCGGAGAAGGAGCAGGCGGAAGUGGUAGAGUGGAUCGAGAAGGUCGCGCAGGGCGACGUUGUGAAACCGGAAAAUCUUAAGCAUUUAGAUGCGAAGCUCACGCCGCGCACGUAUCUCGUGAGCAAUUAUUUCACAGUUGCAGACGCGGCGCUAUACGGUGCGCUGCACCCAGUCUUUUCCCAGCUCCAACCGGCUCAGUACUACUCCCACCCUGCGGUGACGCGCUACUUUGACCAUGUCCAAUCCCUCCCGUCCGUUCGCAAGGCUGCAGAAGCACUCGCUCCAGCGUUCUCCGUUGUGACCUUUGAUCUCGACAAUGCUCCCAAGGCCGAGCGAAAGCCUGACCCACCCAAGGAGAAGAAGAAAGCGCAACCCGCCGUGACAGAGGCGAAGGCAGGAAAGCCUGAGAAGGCGAAGGAGACCCCCGCCGUCGCGAAGGUGAAUGUUGCAGAACCUACUGCUAGCGAGAACUCUGGCAAGGCCUCAAAAAAGGAGAAGAAAGAGAAGAAGACGUCGGAUGCCGCUGAUGCAGGUAAGAGUAAGGGUGCGGGUGGUAGUAAGGCUGCUGCUGAGGAGGGAUCGGGAGAGCCUGUGCCCUCUAUGAUUGAUCUCCGAGUAGGUCAUAUCGUUCACGUCGAGAAACACCCUGACGCAGAUGGCCUGUAUGUCGAGCAAAUCGACUUUGGCGAGGAGACUGGUCCUCGAACGGUAGUAUCAGGACUGGUCAAAUACAUUCCAAUCGAGCAGAUGCAAGACAAAUAUCUUGUUGGUGUCUGUAACCUGAAGCCAGCGAGUAUGCGUGGCAUCAAAAGUUUUGCCAUGGUCCUCGCGGCAACGUCGAAAGAUGGCAAGGACGGAGGCGUCGAGCUCAUCGAGCCACCACCGAACUCGAAACCUGGUGAACGGGUGUAUUUCGAGGGUUCAGAGCUUGAGAGUGCGACACCGCUGUCUCAAUUGAACCCGAAGAAGAAGAUCUUUGAGACCAUCCAGCCCGGGUUUAUCACACUCGAGACAAGGGAGGCAGCUUGGGUGGACCCCGCCACCAAGAGUGUGCACAAAAUCCGGACAAAAGAUGGAACAUGCCUUGCGCCGACAUUUGUUGGUGCGUCGUUGUCAUAG